AUGAUGGCUUCCCAGAAACUCCGACAUCAAUCUCGAAAUCGGAGCUACAGCCCCCCAGCAUCACCUUCACUUCAUUCCAUGACGUCCCAUAGCAGCAAAAAUGGUAGUGAGUAUUGUGGUAUCUCACCUGCACCCCGGCAUCCUGUACCAUCCAUGCAGGCCGCCUUUGAAGAAUCCAUUCUCGAUCUCGAGGAAGAUGCAGGCACAAGUGCAAGUGCGAGCAGCUCCUCCGGAGCGGGUUAUUCGUCUUCUUCCUCUCAAGGCUCUCGCUCUCGGCAAGGUCACCGCCACUCGGAACACCACAGGCUCCUUAAACUUGUGUCGCAAAUCGCCUUCGGAAUUCACCUACUGCAUGCACGGCUCGCCAAAUCUGACCCGGAGGUGGUGCGAAUACUUCAGUCGCAUGUAAAUGAUAUGGACUUUUUUGUCUCUUCGACCACAAAUGAUUUUGAGAUGGCAAAGUCAGACAUCAGACAAAGGCUAAAGCACCUGCGGGUCCCGAUAGAUACUGGCCGCGCAUCCGAUGUCUUUGAUCAAAUGUUGGGCGAUCGCGAAUUCCGGCUAGAAAUCGUCAAAGGGAAUGAAAAUGUUGAAUAUGUGAUAUCGCGGACCACAGUGGCUAUGAAGAGCGCUUUAGUGGAUGUGCGAGAAGGGCUGAGUGCGGUGGAUGAGCUGGCGAAAUACCUGUUGAGUCUCAAAAAGGGAUGGAAGAAUACGGAUCUAAUACGGGUUUACACCGCGAUGACCGUCAACGUUGAACAAUGGUUUACGGGCCUGGUGGGGUUGCAGACGAAAGGUGCAGGAUUGAAGGAGGAUAUCGGCCAACUGCGACGUGUGGUUCGGGAGAUCGAGCAGAGGACAGGUGAAGCAUCUAGGAGGAACAAAAUGCUAAAGUUUAUGUCUUUUGAUACAGGAUUCGAUAGUGGUGGCAAGCAAAAAUCGUGCCCCAAAAUAUCCGCGAACAUCAAUAAACCACUACCGUCGCCUCCAUCAGAUUCCACUCUCACUGCAAUCGACAUACGUAUAUCCAAACGCCCCUCUCAAACAUCAAAAAAACCAAUUCCGAAGCGCCAUCACUCAAGAACUGAUAAACGCAAAAUAACUCCCACAACCCCUACAAUUAUCGUAACAGAAGAGAACCAGGAGUUUCCACCAACUGCGAAAGUGAGCCGUACAAUCUCUCAGCGGCUUCUUAGCUGCCCACGAACUCGAGGAUCAAAGGAUACACCUGAGAAGGAGCUUGAAUUCCAAAAUCAAAAGCGACUAAGUAGGAUACGAGCUCGACCGGUGCCAGAAAUGUGGCCAGAACCGCUAUCAGCGAGGUCUGGAGAAGUGACGGUAUUUUGA